UUCUCUUACACAAUUUCAUUAACUUCCUCUCUCAUCCCAUCAAUGGCGAUUCAUUAAUCCAAUCCAUCUCUCUCCAAAUGGAUAUUCCAAUUCCACUUCAACUUCAUCAUCAUCCUUUACAUCAUCUAAACAAUCCAGACUCAGCUGAAUCCUCACCAAGAUCCCGUCCCGGCGACACCUGGCCAGACGAACCCUUACCUUCAAUCCCCGGCGCAAAACUCCGCUUAAUGUGUAGCUAUGGCGGUCAUAUAAUCCCUCGUCCACACGACAAAUCUCUCUGCUACGUAGGCGGUGAUACUCGCAUGGUCGUCAUCGAUCGUAACUCCUUACUCUCAUCCUUCUCCACUCGCCUUUCCAAAACCCUAAUCAACGGCCGUUCCUUCACACUCAAAUAUCAACUCCCAAACGAAGACCUAGAUUCCUUAAUAUCCGUCACUACUGAUGAAGAUCUAGAGAACAUGAUCGAAGAAAACGAUCGAAUCAAUUCAUCAUCAUCGAAACCCGCUCGACUCCGGUUAUUUCUUUUCCCAAACAAACCGGAAACAGCAAUCUCAAUGGGAUCACUUAUUAACGAUGCGAAAUCCGAGAAUUGGUUUGUUGAUGCUUUGAAUAAUGCUGCUUUAUCAAGAGGUGAAUCAGAAUCUGCUACUAUGGAUUGUUUAGUAGAAAUCGAUGAUGCUGAUAUUGAAAACCAGAAUGUGCAGUCAAUUACAACAGAUGCAUCGUUUGAUUCGAGUUCUUCUUCUCCAUCUGUUGCGUAUCUUAAACCUAUUAAGGUUAGGAUUGAUCAGGAACAAAUGAUGAUGGUGGGUAUUGAUGAUCAGUUAUCGAAUUUGAAUUUAGAGAAGAAAGAUGAGGAAUUGGUUGUUUUAUCUGCUAAUCCACCAUUACCAACUCAAAUUACUACAGUUACUGCGGCUGUUUCUAAUGAUUAUGUGAAUAGGGAUAAUGAGAGAUUGUUGGAUCAUAGGAAACCGCCAUUGCCACUGCAAUUGGUGCAGAGGAAGAAGGGUUUAGCUUCUGAUGUUCAUCAUAAUUUGCCUUCUUCUGAUUUUAGUUUGACAUCUCCGGAUUCAGUGGCAAGCGAUAGCAGCAUUACAUCUGCAGCUUCCUUCUCGAAACAAAAUUAUAACCAAGAUUCAUCGGCACCACCACAACCACAACCACCACCUCAUAUGAUUAAUCCCACAAGCCCGAACGAAUCAAACCACUUUGAACCACCAACCAAUUCUCAACAACAAAUAGUUCAACAAAUAAUCCAACAACCUCAAUUCAUCCAACAAACUCCCACACAUUACAUCGAUCAUCUCGGCCACCCCCAUCCCAUCAUGUCUCUCCCCCCCUCUAAUUACUACACCAUGCAACCUAAUAAUAAUCAGCAGCCAUCACAAGUCUACUUUCUACAACCUUUCAACCAAAGCCAAAACCAAAACCAACCAUUUAACACCUACCCUAUUUCCGAUUCCCCUUCUCCAAACAGACCAUCAACACCAGCUCCAAAUCCAUCUAUUACAGUCUCACCAAACGUCUAUAUAGCCGCUGCCCCAACAGUCCAACCUACACCUAAUCAGUACCAACCACAGUACCUCGGUUUACCUCAAAACUAUUACCUAUCUCAGUCUGUAACUGCUGGUUCUGCUUCAGGUGGUAGUAAUUAUCAGGGGUUUGAUCAGUAUAAUGCCCAUUCUGGACUUGAUGAUCAGCAAACUGCUUAUCAUUCUCCAACCAUGUUUACACCUCAAUAUCAUCAAACUAUUAAUCCAGCCACUGCAAUGUUGCUAGCACAGGCUAAUUCGGUGCAGGUACCAAAUUCAGAUAACAAAACAUCAUAAAUUAGCCAAGUUCAAAUUAGUGUAAACCUUUAUCUUUUCAAUUACAGCCUCUUGUGGACUGAUAUCAGUGUUUGAAUAAGUUAUAAACAACAUUUUUAUUUAUAAUACAGUAUUUUCUGCAAUAAGUAAUGUUUUGUUUCUUCAUCAGACUUUCUCAUUUGUAACAUUGUAUUCAUGAAAUUUAUUAUCA